AUGAAUGUUAUUGAACUAAACUGUAAUGCUGCAGAAAUUUCCCAUGAAAUCCUCUGUCUCAAUAUCAACUCAUCGAUUCUCAAGGCCAACAGUGAGAAACCCAACAAAAUUAUUAAAGCAAUUCUUCCAACACAUCAUCAAGAACAGCAGCCCAGAAAAAAAAACAAAACAAAAAAUUGGAUGAUGGAUUUAAUUGUUGGGUCAUUUGAUAUUCUCGUCAUGGCGAAUUUUGAAUUUAUGGUGAUGGCAAAAAUACCAAAAACAAAACUUUUAAAAGCAUUUCGUGAUUUUCCAAUUCAAGAUGUUUUAUUGCUUAUCAAAAAAACACUUAAAAUUGCUCCACAGGCUCUAAUGAGAAUUCAUUAUAAUCACGAAUUACUUCAUCGUUUAAAAUGUCUGAAUCAACAACUUACGAUCAAUGCACAUGAUCAACGAUAA